GACCUAUUACCGUAAUGCCGAGUAUGAACAAAAUCAGGGGCGGCUGGCUUGACUGCUACUUCACGAGUGGAGGCUCGCUCGAGCGCAGUCCGGUGUCGAGAGACAACAUUGUUUUCCGGACCAACCAUUUCCCAACGAAGAGAGAAAACACAGAGGGGGUUGUGAGAGUCGCUUCCACGUUGCUAAGUUGCUAACCUUGCGCUGAGAUGUUCGCCUGCAGAGCGGCCUGGCAAAGGUGCGGACCUUUGGCGAGGAGCGCAGCCUUCCGGCUGCCCCGGGAUGGUUUGCUACAGAGGCAAAUGUCAUCAAUGCCUGGCGGGUCUGGAGAAAACAUAGUUUACACUGUGCUGUGUGGCGGGCUCUUAGUUGGUGCUGUGUCAUACGCUUUCAAUACUGUGUCCACUGACAGUGCCAGGUUCAAUGAUCGCAUUUCUGAAAUCAAAGCUCGACCCAAGAAAGAAUGGAUGCCUAAACCAUGGCCUCCUAAGCGUGAUGAAGCGGGACCAGUGGAAGAAGCCAGUGAAGAAGCGGCUGCUGAAGCAGCUGCUGACAGUGAGUCAGAGACUGUAGUGGAAGCAGUUGAGGAAAUUGUUGUCGAGGGAGCCGAGGUUGUCAUUGAGAUGGCAGAGGAGGUUGUACCGGCCGCACAGCAAGUGGAGGUCAUGGCGGAUGAAGCGGUCCAAGUGGCUGAAGUUGUUGAGGAGACUGCCGACACUAUCACGGAACAAGUUGCUACUGAGGACCCUGAAAGCAAUGUGGUGCUGGCAGCUUCUCCUAUGCUGGAGGGAACUGAAGUAGAGGAACAAGUGGUAUGUGCUGCAGCUGUUAAUGAAGCAGCAGUCAAAGAUGUACUUCUGCCCCCAGAAGUAAUGGAAUCAGUUGAAACUGCACUAGCAAUGUUGGAUGAGGAGGCAGCCCCAUCACCAUUGGAGGCUGCAUGGGCAGUUGAAGAAGCCUCAACACAAACAGAGGCUUUAGUAGUAGACGAGGUCCAACCCACAAUAGAGCCUGCACCAUUGGUUGAGAUAGUGGUCACCCCUGCACCAGCGGUUGUAGACGCCCCAACACUAUUGGAGGUUGCGCCAGCGGUCGGGGAGGCGCCAAUACAUUCAGGAGUCACACCAGCAGCUGAGAAGUCCACUACACUCGGGGAUUUUACACUUUCAGUUGAAGAGGCUUCAACACCGGUAGAGGUUGUACCGGAAGUUGAGGAGGCCCCAAUACAUUUAGAGGUUGCACCAGCAGUUGAGGAUUCCAUAACACCAGGAGAUUUUACACUGGCAGUUGAAGAGGCUUCAACAACAAUAGAGGUUGUACCACCAGUAGAGGAGUCGCAAGUAGCGCCUGCAUCAGUAGUUGAGGAAGUGCUCACACCUGUAGUGGUUGAGGAGGCCUUGCCGUUUGUAGAGGCUGCACCAGUGGUUGAGGAGACCCCAACACCGGUGCCAAUGACACAGACUGUUGAGGAGGAUCCAAUAUUGAUGGAUGUACCAGUGGUCGAAGAGGCCUUGACAACUGUAGAGUGUUUUCCUGCAAGUGAAGAUUCCCUGCCCUCAACUGUCCCUGCACCAGUGGUCGAAGAGGUCCCAGACACAGUAGAGAUUGCACCAAUGAUUGAUGAAGCUUUGCCACCUUUUGAUUCUACCCCAGCAAUUGAAAAGACUACACUAGUGGUUCAGGUACAGGCUUCGCCAGUGAUUGAGGAGACUACGUUACCACUUAAGCUUGAAACAACAGCUGAGGAGUUUCUUUCAACAGAAGAACCGAAUAUUGACUUGGCUAGCUCAAUAGAGGAAGAAGCACCGCCACCUCUAGGAGAGGCUCUAGAAAAAGAUUCCAAGCGAGAGUACAUAGUUGUGGUUUUGGAAGGGACACCUAAGGAAGAUAAGGCUCCCAAAGUGCUAGGAGUGGCACCAAUGGCUGGACGAAUCAUCCCAGCACCAGAAGAUGAGGAUAAGCGGCAUCUUCUUAGGGUCCAAAUGCAGUGAAUUCAACUAAGUUAAAUGGUUCCGGGAAGAUGGCUCCUGUGUAGCAGAAGAAGAGGAAUGUGUCUUUUCUUGUUCCUUUUAACAAAUGCACCAAUGUUAUAUUAAAAGGGUCACUAGAUUAGAAUAAUGCUUAUUUUAUUUUUCAAACGCACACGCAAAAUUCUGAGUAACCCUUCCUUUUAAAGGGAGAAAAUCCCUCAACAGCCAUUGGAAUCCAUUUGCCAACCCCUCUGGGAGAAUGUCCUUUGGACAAAUGGAAACACAAAUGGGGUGGGAGGACUUUUUCUGUGCAGGGUGUCGUGAAUCUGUCAGCUACAAUGAAAUCUCAGGGCUAAUGAGUUAUUCUGGAGCAGAAAUGCGCUGCCCUGUGUGAGAAAACUUGAUCUCAGCUGCGGGUCAUGUGUCCUCACGAUCAUCGAUGGAUAAAUGACCCAAGACGCAUAAAAACACCCGAGAAUAGCCAAGAACCAAACUUUGGACCAUUCUGAAAGCCCUGAUCUAGAUUCUAUUGAGCAUCUGUGGAAAGUGCUGACACAGGCCGUCUGGAGAAGGCACCAUGCAAACCAGAGACGGCUGGAGGACUUUGCUCACCCCCACUUUUAGCAUUUACUACCUCACGAUUGCUCCAUUAUACCGUAUGUUCAUAUUUCCCUCUCCAGCUGCAUGUGAUGUGAUUCUCCAGUGUUCUUGGCCUACUGUACCAAACAUUGCAGUCUCCAAACUCAGGUUUUUACCUUGCAUCCGUUUGCAACCGGACAACUGGACAAUCAUGCUUUGUCGAAUGAGGGAAAACAAAGUCCAGUCCAGUAGCCCAAGACGCCAUCCUCAAAUGUUCAUGUUUUCAUUCUUAAAAAAAGAUAUACGGGCUACGUCUGAUUUAAUGAACAUAUUUUCAAAAACAGGACACUAUUUCAGCAACAGCAAUACAAUACAUUCAUGGAGGCAUUUGAUCUUCUCUUCAUUUCCUUUCCGGGGUAUUUUAACUUUUAACUAACCUUAAAAAAUGUCAGAUUCCUUAUCUUUUAUAAUACCAAUAUAGUAUUGUAAUGCACUUCCAUCAUGAACCUAGUGGAGGUAAAAUACUGGAACAGCUUUAUUGUAUGAAAAUUCUGCCGAUGAUUUUAUUGUUACAGCUUAACAAUUCCAUUUUAGAAACUGGCCUUUCUGUCUCGGUCGCUUUCUUAACAGGUUAAGAUUGAUUAGGAAUGGUAAUUUUGCCUUUUACUCACGUACUGACAGUCAUUGAUACCACAUUGUAGUAGGGUAUAAGCAUCAUGCGCCUUUAACAUGUGGUCCAGUUCAUGUGGAGGAAAUAAUUGUUUGAUCCCUCCACCGAUUUUGUAAGUUCGCUCGCUGACAAAAAAAACAUGAGCCGUCUGUCAUUUUACUUGUAGUUUUAUGUUCACAGUGAGAGACAGAAUAUCGCAAAGAAAAUCCAUCAAAUCGUAUUUAAAAGACAAGAAUAAGCGAUGGAAGAAAAUGGAAUAAACAAAUGACUGUCCAUCUCCUUCGGGGCUCCUCGCAAGAUUUCACCUCGCGGGGUAUCAGUGAUCUUGAGAAAGGUUAGGUGAGACAUCAGCCCAGAACUACGUGAGAGACGCUCGUUCAUGAUCUCUAGGCAGCUGGGACCACAGUCACCAAGAACAACAUUGGUAACGCACUUCGCCGUCAUGGAGUAAAAUCCUGCAGCGCCUGUACGGUUCCCCUGCUCAAGAAGGCACAUGUACAGGCCCGUCUGAAGUUUGCCAAUGGACACCUUCAUGAUUCAGAGAAUGAUUGGAAGAAGCUCAUGUGGUCCGAUGAGACAAAAAUCGAGCUGUUUGGAAUCAAUUUGACAAAACGUGUUUGGAGGAAGAUGAAUUCAGACUAUGACCCCAAGAACACCAUCCCCACAGGGAAAUACGGAUGGAGCCUUGUACCCUGAAAUCCCGCUCUCAAGCUUAAAUGGGUCAUGGGUGGUCUUCCAGCACAACGAUGACCAAAAGCAGACAGCCAAGGAAAUGAAACUGUGGCUAAGAAAGAAGCGCAUGAAGGUCAUCAGAAUCAGAAUCAUCUUUAUUUUGCCAGGUUUGUCCAAAGAACACGCAAGGAAAUUGUCUCGGGUAGUCGGAGCCGCUCUCGUGCGACGACAGACAGUCGAUUGACAGAGAACACUUUGGAGACAGAAAGACAUUGACAAAAAAAACAGUCACUGAGCAAUAAAGGGUUGCUAGUAAUCUGGUAAUGCCGGUACAAUUUCUUUUUUUUUUUUGGGGGGGGUGGCCGAGCCAGUCUUCAGACCUAAAUCCCAUAGCUCUGUGGAGGGAGCCGAAGCUUCAAGUUGCUAAGGCGCAGCCUCGAAACCUUAAGGAUUUGGAGAGGAUCUGCAGACGAGUGGUCCAAAAUUCCUCCCGAGACAUGUGCCAACCUGGUGAUCAACUAUAAGAAAUGUCUGACCGCUGUACCGGCCAACAAGUGGUUCUCCACCAAGUACCAAGUCACGUUUCGAUUGGGACUCAAAUACAUACUUCCUUCAAUGAAUUGCCAAAUCAUUGUAAUCUUUUGUUUGAUAUGGUUUUCUAAAUGUUCCUUUUGAUAUUCUGUCUCUCCCUGUGAAAAUACACCUCCCAUUCAAAUUUGACGGUAGACUGUUCAUGUCUUUGUUGGUGGCUAAACUUACAAAUUCGGUGGGGGGAUCAAAUAAUUCCUUCUUCCACCGGUAUGACAGGCUUGAGGCAAGUGCAAACAGAUAUUUAUGUGCAUCUCUCUGUCUGGGGUGAAAAGCAUUGAAUCAGACGCUACAGCUCUGUUAUACUGUACUUCCACUUUCAAAAAUGUCUCCUCAUUCAAACAUGAGUUGUUUUUUUUUAUUUUACAGUGGAGUAGUUGUUAAAGUUCAGCGAUGAGCAUUUUGAACCUCACUCAGUGUUUGUGUCCAUAUUGAUAGUAUCAACAUUUCUUUCUCUGUUGUUACAAGUAAGAAAAUAUGAUCUGUUAUCCUUUCUUGCAGAAUGGGUACUGUGAUUGCUUUUUAUUUGAAUUGCAAAAAAAAUAUAUAUAUAUAUACAUAUCUAUUUUUUCAAUACAUGAAAAACUAAGCAGGAAAGUUCACACAAAUCGACUGCCAGAUCAGCCCCCUUGUUGCAACAGCUGAAGUUUGGAGCAUGCUGGAUUUGAGGAUUGUUCAGGGUUCGGGCCAGACUCAGGACUGUUUCAUGAGUUUUACGAUAACGUCAAGCACAAUUAUUGACAUACUGCCGCGUUAAAUCAUGACAUUAUUAUAAAGUUAAACCCCCAGUUAUUUCCUCCCACUUGCAUUGAAUUUAUUGAAGAGACUAUUUGUGACUCAACCAUUUUGCGGCAUUCACUUUCAGGAGAUUUGAUGCGAAACGCUUCUAUGAUAGGACACUAGUGACUGCGAUAUUUUGUAUUUCAAGAUCUUGAUUAAAGGUUUGACAUGAACAUACAAACAUGGGGGCAAUUGGUCUACAAAAAAAUAUGAUAAAUAUUCAAAUCCCAAGAUACUGUAAAUAGAAGGGUAUAAGGCAUUGUAGAGAUUUUUUUUUAAUUCAAGGUCAAUGAUGAGUCACUAAGGUAUCGCAGUGUAUAAAGAUUUGUAAGUUUCAAAGUGUUUAUUUGAAAAUUUGGAAGGGAUUUUGAAACUCAUUUUGUGUACGUAAAAGCGUCGCGGAAAAGAUGGUUUCAAUGGACAAAAGACGUCAAGAUUACAUACAAAUAUUGUAAUGAUCUCACUGGGCACCGCAAUUUUGGUUGACUUACGUCUGCCAGCUGUUUUUAACUCAUUUUUGGGUGCGCGAUCCAAAACGGAUCCGUUUUUCUCCAUCACGGCAAGUUUUCGAACGAUAGAUCCCUGUUUUCUUGAAACAUACUGUACUUAACAGAUAUGUGGUUGCUUUAUAAAACUUGAAAUAUUGACAUACAAAGAAAUAUGAAAGAGCCAGGCACGACUGCAAUAUUUAUUUAACACCAUUACGCUUGACAAAGGAUACGGCGCAAAUCCUCUCAAUUCCUACUAUGCUAGCUUUCUGUUGGCAGAUAUUGAUAGAACCGAGCUAUUGGGAGCUGCACACACCUCUCGGCGCCCCGUCUCGAUUGCGAUUGCACAAACAAGUUGGCACACAGCUGCGUAUGACUGCAAUCGUAAUCGGCUGGCAAGUCUCACGACUCGGAAAAAAAACUGACUGCAAUUUGGGGGCUCGGCAUUAAAAAUCGAACUCAAUUUUUGUUUCAAAUUGUUUCCCGACGUACCCUGCGGACCAGUGAUACAAAAGCGACUCGUUGUCUCGUGCUUUGUGCCUCCGCAAAAUCUACGGACAAAUUCUGUGUUCAAACGGGCACAGAAUUGUUUCGGAUGGAAAUGGCUUUUGUCAGAGUUCUCGUGCACACUUUGAGAAUCCCCUUUGUUCCCUUUUGUUCCCCUUUGAGCCGUUAAACAAGAUGUGUGGCGUCACACUCGCCGUCUGUGUGGUGUCUUUGUCCCUAUUGCCAAUAAAUGACUAACUCUGGGGGAAAAAAACUUUUCUGUCGCUGCUUUGAUUUGUAUUUAUUAAAAAAAAAAAUAUUGUUUUAAUUUUUAAU